AAAGAAAAAAAUAUUUUAACCCUGAAUUGAGGUUAUACGGCGAAAAUUUUCCGGCGACUCAUAGCACCAAUUCUCUCGCCAUCUUCUUCUUGCUUUCGCUUCGCGAUUUGAGUUUCUGAAAACAAGCUGUUUCAAUUGGGAGCUCUUUUCAACUUGGUGGCUCGGUGGAUAUGGUUUCUGUUGGUUCGAAAGCUCUAGCUUCUAGGCGACAUAGAAGCUCUAUUUCAGUUGAAGACUGCUCAAUGGGUGAGGAUAAAUCAACGUAUAAAAGCGCGAGAAGGAAAAACGGCAUGAGUAGGAAGGCUGAACGAGGAGGUCAUGGUGGCUUUGAUCGGUAUGACACCCGCCAGAACGCGUUUGGGAUGAUAGAUGGUGGAAGCCUGAACGCUGACAAAAAGUUUUCGAAGAUGAAAAGUACUUCCGCACCUCAAACUUCAUUCAUUAGGAAGCAGGUUGAUCCCGAAACAACAAAAUACUUCACAGAGAUUUCUAAUUUAUUUGGAAGUGAUACGGUUGAUUUUGAAGAACGAUCGGUUAUAUGUGGUAAUGCUCUAGCGGAAGCUGAGGGGAAGGAAUUUGAACUUGCCACUGAUUAUAUCCUAAGUCACACUGUGCAAAGUCUUCUUGAAGGCUGUAAUGUUGAUGACCUUUGCAAUUUCCUCCACGGCUGUGCCAAGCAGUUUCCAUUUAUUGCCAUGGAUAGAUCUGGCUCACAUGUUGCUGAAACAGCUAUCAAGUCUUUAGCUAUGCACCUACAAGACAAAGAUGUUUAUCCUUUGGUUGAAGACACGUUAACUGCGAUAUGUAAGGAAAUUGUAUCCAAUCCUCUGGAUGUGAUGUGUAACUGCUAUGGUUCUCAUGUUCUCCGUAGCCUUCUUCAUCUCUGUAAAGGAGUAGGUCUAGAGUCUUCAGAGUUUCAUAGCAGAAAAUCAUCUAAAGUGGUAGCAGAGCGGUUGAAUAUCAAGGCACCUUGGCUUAAUGGAGAUAGUGGAUUCCAUAUAGGCUUCCCAGAAUCACUGAAGUGGCUUGUCUUUGGGUUGCUAAAGGGUGCAAGAAAAGAUGUCAGGAUCCUGCAAGUUGAUCAGUUCGGCAGUUUGGUUAUUCAGACUAUUCUGAAGUCAUUGGUGGGGCAAGAUGAUGAGCUCAGACAUAUAAUUCCCAUCCUCCUUGGCUGUAGCGAGAGAGAUCCUGUCGAAGGAAAUUAUAUACAAAUAUCUGUUGUUCGAGAUGUUAUAGAUUUGAUGAAAGAGACUGCCUUUAGUCAUUUAAUGGAGGUGAUUUUGGAAGUGGCUCCAGAAAACAUAUUCGAUGAACUCUUCACAAUAGUUUUCAAGAAUUCAUUGCUCGAGUUGUCAUCUCAUCCCUGUGGAAACUUCGCUGUCCAAGCGCUAAUUUCUAACAUAAAAUAUAAACAUCAAAUGGAGUUGCUAUGGUCAGAAAUUGGAACAAAAGUUGGAGAUCUUCUUCAUAUGGGAAGGUCAGGAGUUGUCGCUUCUCUAAUUGCUGCAAGUCAGAGGCUUCAAACACAUGAGCAGAAGUGUUGUGAAGCUCUUGUUCGUGCUGUAUGUUCAACUGAUGAAUCUCCAGGAUACAUUAUUCCUCGAAUAUUGUAUGUUGACAGAUAUUUCUCAUGCGGAGAUAAAGCCAAAUGGGAUUUUCCUAGUGGAGUUAAAAUACACGUCAUGGGCUCUCUAAUCCUGCAAACAGUUUUUCGUUAUCGAAGUGAACUGAUUCAACUUUUCAUUACAAGUAUCACAUCAAUGGAAUCCGAUCAUCUUCUUGAAGUAGCAAAAGACUCCAGUGGAGCUCGUGUUAUUGAAGCUUUUUUAAAUUCUGACGCCCCUGCAAAACUGAAGCGCAGAUUAGUUAUGAAGCUACGAGGACAUUUUGGAGAGCUUGCAAUGCAGUCAUCAAGUUCCUUCACAGUUGAAAAGUGCUAUAAUUCCGGUAACUUGUCUCUACGGGAGGCCAUUGUUUCUGAGUUGGCAGCUUUACAAAGCGAUCUCUCCAAAACCAAGCAAGGACCUCAUCUCUUGAGGAAGUUGGAUGUUGAAGGGUAUGCAUCCCGACCUGACCAAUGGAGGUCAAAACAAGCAUCAAGGGAAUCAGCUUACAAAGAAUUUCAUGAUACAUUCGAGUCUGGAAGGUCCAAAUCACUGAAGACUGAGUUCCUUGCUGAUAGUUCGAAGCAUACAUCGCACCCAAAGGAUGUGAAGACAAUUCGGCAAGAGAUUGAGCAUCACGCAACUUCUGAUAUCCCUUUUCUAUCAAUUUCUGGCUUCAAGGGCAAGUCAGAAAAGGGCAAGCAGGGUGGUAAAACAUAUUCCAGACCUUCCACAGAUAAUAAUAUCUUUGAUGGGAGAAAAAGUUCCAAACGGAAACGGAAUAACGAUCAGUCUGAGAAUGCUGAGGCAGCAAAAGGAAACGGAAUAACGAUCAGUCUGAGAAUGCUGAGGCAGGCAAAAGGAAACGGAAAGUGUAGCUACGAUCCCAAACCAAUCCUUGUACACUGCAGCAGUCGCAAAAGCAUUGAUUGGCAAAGAAGUCUUCAAAAAUAAGCUAUAGAAAGUGCGGUCAAUUGUAGCUUAGGAGUUUUCACCGGGAAAGUGGGAGCUUGAUAAUGAUGAGGAUUGUUUAUUUUUAGAUACAGUUUUUGGAGUUGUGGCAUAGGCUUUCAAGCAAUAUUGAGGAAAUUUCCUUUCUUUUUUUGGUGGGGUGGGAGAAGAUAUUCUGAUGCAGCAUAUACCAUACAAGAUCUUGGAAGUGACCAGGCCAAUAUUAGAGAAUUAUGAGAGGUCAGUAAUCAAAGCUUUCCUCUGGAAAAUAUGGUUCUUCCUGUCGGAUAUCUCUUGUAUCUUUCUGCCAACCACACCUAAAUUCACUGUCCAAGAUUUUGCUGUCUGUUAAGUGCAACAAGAGAUGGCCACAACUCAUUCUGAAUCAAGUAAAAUCUUGUCUUCCUCUGUUAAUUUUGUUUUCAAUUCCGUAUUUCUUCAUUAAUUAUGCAACUGUUUCGUCUUUUUAGAUUCAUGUCUCCUGAUGCAUUUGUAAGUUUGAUGCCUCAUAUGUGGUCUUCAAAUGUAUUCAAAAGUCUUGUAUUUUUAUUAUGAAACUAUAGACUUUGUCAACUUCGUGUAGAAAAGGAAAUUUACUAUAAAGUCAAGGUUGGUUAAUUCUGCA